AGCUUUCUCUUCAGACCUCGAAGGGAAAAUAUCAGGCAGGGGAAAGAAACAGAAGAGAAAGAGGGCAGAGAAAGAGGAGAGAUGGCCAGUGAAUUCAAAAAGAAAAUGUUCUGGAGGGCGGUGGUGGCUGAGUUCCUCGCCAUGAUCCUCUUUAUUUUUAUCAGCAUUGGCUCGGCUCUGGGUUUUAAUUUCCCAGUGUCAGUCAACGGGACAUCAGCAACUCAGGACAACGUGAAGGUUUCGCUGGCUUUUGGGUUAUCCAUCGCGACCAUGGCGCAGAGCGUGGGCCACAUCAGCGGUGCCCACCUGAACCCGGCGGUGACCCUGGGCCUCCUGCUGAGCUGCCAGAUCAGCAUCUUCAAGGCGCUGAUGUACAUCCUCGCCCAGUGCCUGGGGGCAGUGGUGGCCACCGCCAUCCUGUCCGGAGUCACCUCCUCUCUGCCCUACAACUCCCUGGGGCUCAAUGCGCUUGCAAAAGGAAUCAAUGCAGGCCAAGGACUAGGAAUUGAAAUCAUUGCUACUCUCCAGCUGGUUUUGUGCGUUCUUGCCACCACAGACCGGAGAAGGAAUGAUGUCUCAGGAUCAGCACCUCUGGCCAUUGGUCUCUCUGUUGCCUUGGGACAUCUCCUUGCAAUUGAUUACACCGGUUGUGGAAUUAACCCAGCCAGAUCUUUUGGCUCAGCACUGAUUGCCAACAACUUUGAAAAUCAUUGGAUCUUCUGGGUUGGCCCAAUCAUUGGAGGAGCAGGUGCUGCCCUCAUCUAUGACUUCAUCCUGGCUCCCAGAAGCAGUGACCUGACUGAUCGCGUGAAGGUGUGGACCAGCGGCCAAGUAGAAGAGUAUGAUCUGGAAGGAGAUGAUAUGAACUCCAGAGUUGAAAUGAAGCCAAAAUAAAGAAGGACAAGGGGGAGGGGAAACGCAUUGGUUUUUGAAGAUUUUAUCAGUGUUAUAGACUCUUUGUAAACCAGCAAGAAGUACUUUGUUUUGUAAUUCAAUAUGGUUUUCCAUUUUUUUGCACCCAAUCUAAAUAGCUAUUUUAUAUCUGGGGUCUUUCAAUUACAAUGUCUUCAGGCCAAGAAUUCAUUAGAAUGAUCUAAAUAAAUUGGGUUGUUAUUUAACCCUUCUCUCACUACUAUGAAAUUUGCUGGUGUGUUCAGUGUGGCUGGCUCUCCCAGCACAUCAUGCAGUAGUGAUGAGUAGCUUUCUGAAAGAAUAGAUACUUAGGAUAAAACUCCAUCUGUACCAUUAAUAGGGGUUUAUACCAGAAAAAAAGUAUUUAUACAGAAAUAAAUACAAGGCUGACAUUUAAUGUCAGCAGUGCAUGUGAAAAAAAUUCUUUAAGCAUUUCUCAGAAAUACCUUUUGGAAGCAAAGGCUGCUAAAAAUCAUUUGUUAUAUAGAAAGAACCAUAAUUUUCUAAAUUGUUGAUGACCUCCAAGAAAGAGGACCAGAAAUACUGUUGAGCAGAACAAGAAGCUCCAGAUUUCCGAGAUCUAUUUGCAUUUUCCAGUGUUUCGUCCUCUCUGAACCUGCAUCCAGUUGUGAAGGGAUAACCUAAAAAUGUGUAGAUAUAUGAAUUCCUGGGAAGUAGUAACUAGAAGUGAGAUUGAAGAGCAGUAGUUACAACAGCAACAAGAACAACAUGGUGCUGAUAUGUAAACAGGAUCUGAUUGUUCCUGUGGCUGUUCUACUUUUGCUUCUCUUAUGUAAAUUAACUGUAUAUUUGAAAAGAAACCAGGAAAAAAAAAAUAAAGACUCCUUUCUUCCUGACCCCAUUUUAAGAGCAAGUGCUAUGACAUUCAGGGACAAUUAAUAGAUAUACACACAGUAUAUUUUCUAAUGAGGGACAAGUAAAUACCCGUGUGUAAGUCCAUUUUGAGGGUCAUUUCUUUGGUUUUUAUAUAUAUAUAUAUAAAUAUAAAUGUUUAUAUAUGUGUUUUAUACAGAAAGCCUAGUAUACUGUUUUGUAAGAAAAUAAGAGCAGAAAACAAGUGGAAAGAAUUUCAUAAGAGCUUAGCAAAAUAAAUGACACUGGAAACAUGAAGAAAACUAACACUCUAAACAAAAUGGAAGACGAUUUUCUGUUUUUGUGUGCGUGCUACCUUUGAUUUCCUGAAUAACCCAUAACAGUAGCUGGUCUCACAUACUAACUAUAGACUAUAGCUGAAGCAGAUAGGUGCUGAUAUACUUGUUCUGCACUAAACCGUUUUACGUAAGGAAUGAGGCCCAGAGAAACCUACAUAAAAAAUGACACAGUUAACCCUUCAGACAAGCACCCCGGAGGUAAUAUGAAUGACAGAUGUCUCCUGGUGGACAGACAGCAUGGACAGUGAAAAUGAAAGAGGGUUGACAUAGGAAUCCAUAUAGAUUGGAUCAUUUCAUCUAGUUGAGAAGAUGUGCAAGAUAAAAAGAAAAAAAAAAAAAAGAAAUGCCAGCAGACUAAACCAGAAUCUUUCUUGCCUACUUUUGGUGUGUUAUCCUGUGUAUUGUCAGUGUACAUGCAGCAUGAUUGGAUUUUGGGGUGGUUUAAAAAUAAACAAAACCAUUUGUGCUAACACA